AUGGAAGGUCAACCGAAAAUAUUCGAUCGUCAUGACAGUGAUUUCAAUGGAAUGUUAAUGAAGCUCCGAAUCAAUGUAUUGGGAAAUUGCGAAAAAAUGCCGUACCUACAUAUGAAUGAAAAAUAUAAAUUGGAAAUAAGAAAUUCUGUUGCUAAUCUUCAUUCUCAUUCAAUAUGGGGCGCUCUUCGUGGUCUUGAAACUUUUUCUCAGCUUUUGAUACCUUCUGGCGAUGGAGCAAAUUUGGCGGUAAAAAAUCAAACAAUAUUUGAUGAACCGAAAUUACCACAUCGAGGUCUUUUAUUAGAUACAUCUCGUCAUUUUUUUCCAGUAGAAGAUAUUCUUCUCACAUUAGACGCAAUGUCAUAUAAUAAAUUUAACGUUUUCCACUGGCACAUAAUUGAUGACAACAGUUUUCCUUAUCAAAGUUCCGCAUACCCAGAGCUUUCUCAAAAAGGUGCCUGGCACCCGAGUAUGGUUUACACUCCGGAAAAUAUUGAAACAGUUAUUGAGCAUGCGAGAUUACGAGGGAUUCGAGUUAUACCUGAAUUUGAUUCACCAGGACAUGUUGCGUCAUGGGGACUUUCUCAUCCUGAGCUUUUAACAAAAUGUUUUGAUUCCACGGGAAAACCGGAUGGUCGUUUGGGUCCAAUUGACCCAACGAAUUUAAAUAUAUGGCAAUUCUUAAGAACAUUGUUAACAGAAGUUAUGUCAGUUUUUAAGGAUCAUUACAUACAUCUAGGAGGAGAUGAAGUACCGUUUGAUUGUUGGGAAAGUAAUCCAGAAGUUCUUUCUUACAUGGAAGAACAUGGUAUGUCAAAGGACUUUACACGUCUUGAGAGUGCUUAUAUCGCCGAAUUGCUAAAGAUUCCUGCAAGUCGUAAUGUUAGCUCUAUUGUAUGGCAAGAAGUAUUUGACAACGGAGUAGAAUUAACUCAGGAUACGGUAGUUCAUGUGUGGACAGGAAACUGGUCUGAAAAAUUAUCUAGAGCUACCCAAGCAGGUUUUCCAGUUUUACUUUCAGCAUGUUGGUAUUUAGACCAUGUUGCUGGCGGUGCUGACUGGAUUAAGUUUUACGACUGCGAUCCACUUGAUUUUCAUGGAUCUGAAAACGUCAUGGAUUUAAUGUUAGGAGGAGAAGCUUGCAUGUGGUCAGAGUUUGUUGAUCGAAACAAUAUGCACCAAAGAGUUUGGCCCCGGGCCAGUGCUGCAGCUGAACGUCUUUGGAGUAAAAGUAUUGAUAGUACUUUGCAUGUAGCUCAACGAUUAGAGGAACAUGCUUGUCGUAUGAAUAGACGUUCAAUCCCAGCUCAACCUGCAAACGGGCCAAGUUUCUGCAUUGUUUAA